GGUCCGAACGUUUAUAUGGGGUGUGGCCUAUGUUCGUUUUCGCGCGAAACCAAAUCUGCGGAAAGGAUUCCAUUGUGUGUUGUGGUUACAGAUAAGAUCCGAGCAUCUUUACAAAUGGAUAAAGAGUUAUUUCGUAAACUUGCGUCGAAGAUUGGGAUAACGGCUGUUAAAGUAUUGAGUCAAGCCGAGGAAUACAUGCGAUUAUCCCAGGUGAAAUGUGUUGGACUGGGUUCUGUUACAGCCACCAGCAAGGCCAUUAUUUGCCUUGAGUUGGCAGCGACUUCCAUGAAAUUUCCUCUAGACAAGGAGUAUGCCAUCAAACUGUCUGGACUAAGUCCUAAGGUUUACUCCAGUAAUCUGAAGGCUAUGGAGUGCAUGCUGGGCCUGCAGUCAAACCUGGGUCUCAGAGAUCUUGCAGUGCAGUUCGGGUGUUUGGAAGCGGUUAAAGUGGCCUCUCAGAUCCUUCAGAGGUAUGAGACCAGUUUGCCUGCUGCUCAGCAUCAAGACCUUGACCUGUCAAAGCCUCUCUUUACCACAGCAGCUCUCUAUGCAGCAUGCAAGUGCAUGAAAAUCAGAACUGACAGGAAAUUAGCCUCUUCAUCUGGCGCAAAGAAGGGCAUCUUUGACCGGCUGUGCACACAGUUUCAGAAACUCGGACAGGAGAUCUGCAAUGAGGCUUCAUCUAUGGAGAAACCAGUCAAAACUGUUCAAAAGAGGCAGAAGACAAUCACUGAAAUGCUAGAAACAGGAGAAGAUGAUGAAAAGCUUUCAACAUCCCCUAAGCGAGAGAGGGCUGAGAAGACGGAGGAAGAAGAGACACAAAAUUAUGAAGAGUGGAAAAGAAAAAUUCUUGAAAAUGCUUUAAAACCAAAGACAAUAGAUUCUUGAACUCCGUUUCAGAUUUAUUUAAUUAUGGUUCUUUAUAAUGUCAACAGGACUUUACUUUGAGUUGGAUUUAAUACUCCAUUACCAUAGACUGUAUAAAAAAAGUCUGCCCCCUUCUGGCUCCUUGUGUAAAUUUGUUCCGUUUACAUAUGGACAUUUCCACAGGAAUCACAGCACUUUUUAUUAUCCGUUGUUUAAUUGCCAUUUCUCGGGUGAAAAUAUGGUUACCAUUUUAUGACAGAUUUUAUAUUGUGCAAAGGUUUACUAAUUAAGUUUCUUAUUUCGAUUUUAUCGAGGUGCAUUUAGUUUGUGUUGAUGUUUAAAUUGUGGUGUUUAAUCGAUCAUGAUUUGGAUGAUUAUGUCUGGUGACAGUAUGACUUUGUUUGCUCACAGUGUUCUGUGGUAAAAUCUCACAGGAGGAGUAGAAUGCAUUCAUGAUCAUCUGGAUGGGUUUUAUCCAUUUAAGAAAUGAGAAAUGGCUUAUCUGCUUACAGUUUAAUAAGAUUUUAUUAUGAAUAAAAUGUGUAUUUUUGACAAGUCGAUUAUUUCUUUUUUUUAUGUUUUGAUUAAACACUCAUUUUCUACAGGUAAUUUGUGACCAUUUAUAUUGUGCUGAAAAUACCCAAUACAAUGAUUUCUAUUCCAUUAUGUGAGAUACGACAGAAAUAGCAAAACAGAACAGCCCUAUAAUUCUGUGCUAAUUUCUGUGUACUUGUAUGCCAAUUGCCUUGCCAAGCACAGAACCACAUUUGUGCAUUUAUUUGUGAUUAUACUAUUACCAUAUGAAUGUGUGCAUCCACACAAAUUCUUAAAAAGCACAAUAUUAACUUUCAAAUAUUCCAGAACUGUUUGAAAUGUUUUAAA